AUGGGCAGCACCACCACCACCACCCCCGACAUUCGCCUGUCGACAGACUUAAUCUCUCAUCUCCAAAAAGCCAUCCCUCAAGACGGAACCCGCGACUCCCUCCUCAGCUCCGUCAUCCCUUCCCUUCUGAAGAGCGUGGCCGAGAUCGCCAGAGACCUCCAAAGCUCCCACCACGUCUCUGCAGCCGGCACCUCCAACAUCUUUGGCGAUGACCAACUCAACGUCGACGUCCAAGCCGAAGCCCACAUCCGCCAAGCCAUCACCUCCUGUCCCACCAUCGUCACCGCCUCCAGCGAAGAAGACCCGGUCGAACGCCCCGUUGUCCACACCUCCUCCUCCUCCUCCUCUUCCUCAUGCCACGAAAAAUACACCCUCGCCUUCGACCCCCUAGACGGCAGCUCCAUCAUCCCCUCCAACUGGACGGUCGGCGCCAUCAUCGGCCUCUGGGACGGCCCCUCAGCCCUCAACACACCCCCCUCCAAAUCCCAAUUCCUCUCCAUCCUGGGCGUAUUCGGCCCCCGCACGACAGCCAUCAUCGCCAUCCGGCUCCUGUCUUCCCUUCCAUCAAUCUGCCUAGAAGCAGGCCUUGACAACCUAACCCAAACAUGGGAACUCACCCGCCCUGCUUUGUCUCUCUCGGCCCCGAACCCAAAGACCAAAUACUUUUCUCCGGCCAAUCUGAGGUCGGCGUCGGAUAUACCGCAGUAUGCCGGCUUGGUGAGCCAGUAUAUCGCCCAGGCGUACACGCUGAGGUACUCGGGGGGGUUGGUGCCGGAUAUUGUCCACGGGUUGGUCAAGGGACAUGGGGUUUACUUGUCGCCGGUGAGUGAGAGGCACGGGGCCAAGUUGAGGAGGCUGUAUGAGCUUUGUCCCGUCGCGCUGGUGGUCGAGUGCGCGGGGGGGGAGGCGGUGGAGUUUGAAAGGGGGGGGAGGCGGAUUUUGGAGAGGGAGGUCAGGGAGACGGAUGAGAGGGGGGGGGUUGUUUGCGGGAGCGGGGAGGCUGUUGCGGAGGCGGUGGGUAGACUGUUUGCCUGA